AUGUGCCUCAUUAUGUUUCGAAUUCUCGAGUUCUUGACCAAGAACGCUGAGGUGAGAGCCACUUUUAACUUCAUGAUUGUGGAGCCGGUUGAGGGGAAGUCGAUUGUUGUGUGCUCCUUCACAGAGCCACUAGUGUUCGACCCUAAAAGGCUAUCUUUGGGCAUAACAAAGUUCAUGAAGACCACCACUGAAGUAGAGUGGAUGUACCUGCGAAACGAUUGUCUCGUGAUCGAGUGUGAAGUCAGUGUUAUCAAGGAACCACUCGAGGCCCAUGUUCCGCCCUCCCAUCUUUUGGAUAAUCUUGCAAAAUUACUAGAUGGGAAGAAAGGAGCAGACGUGACUUUCAAGGUGCAGGGGGAGGUUUUUUCUGCUCAUAAGGUUUUGCUUGCGACGCAAUCAGCGGUCUUCGACGCCGAGUUCUACGGGCCGAUGGGGGACAAAGGGGCGCAGGACAUAACUAUUGAUGACAUGCAGCCUGCUGUUUUCAAGUCAUUUCUUCACUUCAUCUACACGGAUUCAAUGCCUUCCAUGGACGAUCUCGAGGAUGAUGACAAAAGAGAAAUGGUUAAGCACUUACUUGUGGCUGCAGAUAAGUAUGCCAUGGAAAGGAUGAAGCUGAUAUGUGAAGGCAUGCUAUGCAAGAGUCUUGAUGUUGAGAAUGUGGCAACCAUCUUAGCUCUAGCUGACCAGCACAGUUGCAGCAAUCUCAAAGAUGCUUGCAUCGAAUUUAUGUUCUCUUCGAAUAGAAUGAAUGAUGUGAUUGCAAGCCAAGGGUAUGUACAACUCAAAAGAUCUUCGCCUGAUAUCAUUGUGGAUGUGUUGGAGAGAGCAGCCAUGUCCCGCAAAAUUUAGUCCCGCAAGUAUGAGCUACUGCCUAUCCUUCCGUUCCGAUUGAUCUUUGGAGAGCAGCUAAGUCCUGCAAAAAGGCAACUAAGCCUGGAUAAACUUGUAGUGCCCAUCCUGGGUUAGCUUCUAUCUAGUUACUUUUGAUGCAUAGCAACCUUAGAUGAGGUUGCCAUGUCUUUAUGUUUCCAGGGAUCUUUUGGAGGAAGCGAGUUGGUUUUGUAAA